AUGGCUAAGGGUGGUUCGAGUUUUCACAUGUCUGCAGUGCCUGUGACUAUUUUUGCUCAUUUGUUAGUUAUAUCGAUUGCAGCCCUUACCCUGGCUUGGCUUAUAAAGUUUCGUGAAGGCUUUGCUUUCAAAUCUCAGUCAAAUAAAGCCAAGAUUUUCAAUUUGCACCCGCUUCUCAUGAUACUAGGAUUCGUUCUGUUUUCCGGGGAAGCAAUCAUCAUGUACAAGGCGGUCCCUGCAAAGCGACGUGCACAAAAACUAAUGCAUUUGAUACUUCACUUUAUUGCACUUGUUGCUGGAAUCAUUGGUGUUUAUGCGGUUUUCAAGUUCCAUAGUGAAGUGGGCAUCAUACAUAUGUACACCCUGCAUUCCUGGAUUGGCUUAUCGACUAUCUGCUUAUUUGGUUUACAGUGGCUGCUGGGUUUUUUCUCUUUCUGGUACCCGCGUGCAGAACCAAUGAAAAGGGCUAGAAUGCUUCCAUGGCAUGCUUUCUUUGGCAUGGUCAUCUUCUUUAUGACAAUAGUGACUGCUGAGACCGGAUUGACACAAAAAUUCCUUUUUCAAGGCCUACGACGCAGCCAAGAAGCACUCAUCGUUAACUUUACAGGAUUGUUGAUACUCCUUUUCGGGAUAUCUGUUGGCCUCAUUGUCAUACUUCCCCGAAGAAUUGUCUGA